AUGAGGGCAACGGCAGAGGCACGCAGUCUGAGGACGGCUCGCAACGCAGAGAGGAGCGCAGUGGCCGCAGAGGCGACCGCCAGAACAACCGCGGCCGCCGCGGUCGAGGCCAGACGCGUGGCCGAGAGCGAGGCAGCGGCUGCCGCGCAGGCCGCCGAUGCGGCCGCCGCUCUCGUUGGCGAGGAGGUGGUGGACGCCGGUCUCGCGACCCGACGGGCGGUGGAGAUUUGCGCAGCGGCACGGGCGAGGGCAGAGGCCGAGGCCAAGGCGGCGGCGCAGGCAGAGGCGGCGUGGCGGGCGAGCGAGGCGGCCUUGGCCAAGGCGGUGGAAGAGAGCCUCACCGCAGAGCGGGCGAGCGCCGAGGCGGGAAGGGUGAGAUCGGCGGCGCAGACGGAGGCCAGGGCAAAGGCAGCGACGGCGGCGCGAGCGGCUGCGGCGACCCGCGCGGCCGCAGAGGCGUGUGCGGCGGCGGCGGCGCGGGAGGCGGUGGAGGUCGCUGCGGCGGAGGAGGCCAAGGGGGAGGCGGCUGCCAGGGCGACGGCCAGGGCGAGCGCGGAGGCCGAGGUGAGAGAGGCGGAGCGGGCGAGGCGGCUGGCGGAGGACGCGAGGGCGAGGGCGGCGGCGGAGGCUGCGGGCAAGGCUGCGCUGCUGGCUAGCGCGACAGCGGGCGUGGCGACGGCGGCGGAAGCAAAGGCCGCGGCGGCGGCGAGGGGGGCGGCGGAGGUGCGGGUGGCGGAGAAGGCCCUUGCAGCGGCAAAGCGCAAGGCGGCGGAGGAGGAGGCUGCGGCAGAGCGGGCGCAGGUGGCGGCGGAGACGGUGCGGCUCGGUGCGGAGAAGGCUGCAGAGACGGCAAGCGGUGCGGCGGCGAGCGCAGUAAAAGAUGCGACAGCUGCGGCGGCGGCACUCGCCGCCGCGGGCACAAAGGCUGCAGCAGAGGCGCGCGCGGCGGACAGCGCAAAGGGAAGCGCCCAGGUGGCGUCUGCGGCGUGUGGGGCGGCUGCGGCGGAGGCGCGCGCGGCAGCAAAGGCGUUGGCGGAGGCGGAGAGGGCGGUGGCGCAAGCCCGCAAGGGUGAGGAGGCGGCGAAGGCGGCGGCGGAGAGGGCGGUCUCGGGGAUGGUUGGGGCGGCCGAGGCGGUGGCGGCGGCCGAGGCGAGGGCCUCGCAGGAGGCGGAGGGCAAGCUGAGGGUGGUCUCGCUGGCGCAGCAACGCGCUCGCUCGACGCUCAAGGCGGCGGAGGCGGCGAGGGAGGCGGAGGUGGUCAGGGCAGAGGCGGAGGCGGCAGAGGCGGAGGGCCCGGCUGCCAAGCUCGGCCUCGCCAAGGGCCGGAGGGCGGCGGCGGCGGCGGAGGCGGCAGUGGCGCGGGCGGAGGCGGAGGCGAGGGCGGCUGCAGAGGCGAGGGCGGCGGCGGAGGCGCAGGCUGCUACCAAGGUGCGGCUGGCGGCGGAGGAGAGCGCGGCGACCGAGGCGGAGGCGGCCGAGGCGGCCAAGGCGGCGGCGGAGGCGCUAGAGCUGAGGGAGCGUGCGGCGCGACAGGAGGCCAAGACGGCGGAGGCGGCGAGGGCGGCGGCGGAGGAGGCGGCGGCGGCGGCGGCGGAGCAGUUUGCGCGGGCGAGCAUGUCGCCAGAGGAGCGAGCGGCGGAGAGGGCGGAGGAGCGGGCGGUGGAGUCGGAGGCGGAGGCGGCAGAGCUGCAGCGGAGGAAGGAGCGGAGGGCGAGGGAGGAGCUGGCGCGGAGGAAGGAGGAGCGCGCGGCACGCGCCGAGGAGGAGGCGUGGCGUGGCGUCGAGGACGUGCUCGCCAGGCUGGACGCGGGCGAGACCCUCACGCCUGACGACGAGGCGCGGCUCGAGGCGGCGCGGGCGGCCGUCGACGCUCUCAAGAGUGAGGAGGCGGCCAAGGCGGUCGUCGGUCUGGGCAGGUCGCUGCUGGGCGCUCUCUUCGACUCGGAGGCGUCGCGCGCCAGGCGGAGGGAGGAGGAGAGGCGAGAGCGGAUGAGCCUCUUCGAGGCGGAGCUGGCCGUCCUCGGUGUGGGGGUGGAGGAGGCCGUCGCGAUCGACGAGGCAGGGCUGAGGCAGGUCUUCCGUGCGCGAUCCCUAGAGCUGCACCCCGACGUGGUGGGUGCAGGAGCGGAGGUGGGGCGGGACGAGGCGGGUGGCGGCGGCGCUGGGGUGCCGACGAUUUACGAGCUGAACGAGGCGUACGAGGCGGUCAAGAAGGUCCUUAGCUGA